GUCCCGCCACCCACGGCCACUCCACCUUGGAGGAGGUUCGCCGCGCGAUUCGCGGGCUGGGUCACGAGGACCUUCGCAAGCUGGUGUUCGACGAGGAUGAGGUGUCCCUCACCAUCCGCAACGUCGCCUACGGCGUUCCCCUUGGCUUUGAGCCAGACCUCGCCUGGGAGGACCCGCGCUUCAAGGACGCCCGCAUUGCAUGCAAUGCCGAGAUGAUGCGUCGCUGCAAGGCUCUCUGCACGGCCAAGACGCGCACUGCCCUCACUGAGAAUCCAGGCGGGCACAUCCCGUACGUCAUGAGGUCCCAGGCCCGCCGGAACUUCCAGAAGAUCGCGCCACUGGUCCCCAUGGAUGCCGACACAUACAACUUCAAUGUUUUUCUCACAUGGCUCACCCGGAACUCCCCAUACACGAUGAAGAAGGACGCCCUCCCAGACAUGAUCUCCAAGGUCGCAGCCAGCAUGGUCGACGACGGCCAGGCCAUCAUCGAGGCUCAAGAGGGCUCGCAAGAGGCCGCCCUCCUGCCUGCCGCGUCCAUCCGCGCCCUCGCGCGGCCCCCCGGUCCCGCGGCCCCGGGCCCCGCCGCCGCGGCUGCCCAAGACGCCGCGGCGGCAGGCGCUGUCAGCAUCACCCUGGAGGACCCGCAGAACUACUCUUUCACGAAGCCCCACGACGCCCGCCAACCCAAGUCCCUCGACUGGGCCUUGGAGGACACUGACGUCACGCCCGACGACACCCAGGAGCUCCGCAACAAGUUCAAGGCUUACCACACUGCCCUCAAGGCGUUCGCCCCCAAAUCCACGGGCGGCCGCACCAAGACUCCGGGCAGAGCCAAUCAACAAGCCAGCGCAGCCUUCAAGAAGUCCUUGCUCGACGCAUCGUUCGUCGUCUACAUUAUGUGGAGCCCGUGGCGCCCGUACUUCUACGCCGGCAAGACGGUCACCUUCCGCGAACGCCUCCGCAAGCACAUCUACGCUUUCCUCAACACGUCCUGCGACUCCCAACAGCCAUACAUGGAGGUGCUUCGCCGGCAAGCCAGGGGAGAUGCCGCCCGUGCUGCCUCGGCAUGGUUCUACCUCCCCAUCGCCUGCUUGCCCAGCGACGCGGAAGCCUUCACCCUCGAGCAGCACGUCAUCGCCUCCGAGCACCCGCGGCUCAACGUGCCCUACGUCCACCGUUUUGCCUUGCCAGGCAAUGGGCCACACCCGGCCCGCGGAAGGUUGUGCCUCACGGCUGCGGCUCCGACACCACUGGCGAGGAUCUCCCAGUCCCGUCGGCGCGGACAGGCCAUGACCUCGCGCGAACCAUCCGCGUCGGCAUGCCUCCUCGCCUUGUCCGGCCCACCAUCCACGCCAAUCACUCGCUGGGCCCACAUCGCAUGCAACACCUUGGCGGGCGUCGACGUCCGCCCUGGCCACGCUGAUUUGUACCGGCUCACGGCAGAGGAGUGGCACGCAGUCUGGCACCGCGUCCACAAGCGGCAUGAGGGCACCACCCGCGCCAUCGGGCUCAAGGCCCUCGA